AUGCUAUUGGACCACCAGUUGACACCCACCACUACUCCAUUGUACGGAUUUACCGGAGAUAGCAUCACUCCAAGGGGAAAGAUGACACUAGCAGUAGAGAUGGGAGAAUCUCCCCAAACUAUGAUGAACUUUAUGGAGUUCCUCGUAGUUGACAGCCGGUCGGCUUACCACGGAGUCUUGGGUAGACCGGCCCUAAAGGAAUUGGGAGCAGUCACCUCCAUCCACCAUCUAUACAUGAAAUUCCCAACGAAAAACGGGGUGGCAACGGUGAAGGGCGACCAGAGAGGUGACGCUCCCGCCGGCCAGGAAGAUGUUGAUAUGAUUGAUGCACCACCUCUUCAGGAGGUGUUAAUCGUUGAUGAACUCGACCCCCGCAUAAUGGAACAUGACCCUCAAGCGUCCCCUAUAGAGGAACUUGAGAGCUUCUCAGCCGACCCUCGAGAUCUAUCAAAGAUGUUGAAGAUAGGCAGGGCUUAUCCAACGCUUAUCCAAAAUGGCUUCAUCAGGGAGGCCACUUAUCCGAAAUGGGUCUCCAACCCGGUCUUGGUUAAGAAACACAACGGCAAAUGGAGAGUAUGCAUCGACUUUACCAACCUUAAUAGAGCUUGCCCGAAAGAUAGCUUCCCGCUUCCAAGAAUUGACCAAUUGGUGGACUCCACGGCUGGGCACGAGUUGUUGAGCUUCAUGGAUGCAUACUCCGGCUACAACCAGAUCCCCAUGCACCCGGCCGAUGAGGAACACACCUCUUUCAUCACGGACCGAGGCCUCUAUUGCUAUAGAAUAAUGCCCUUCGGGUUGAAGAAUGCCGGAGCAACUUACCAAAGACUCGUGAACAAAAUUUUUACCGGCCUCAUCGGCAAGACAAUGGAGGUCUACGUGGAUGAUAUGCUGGUAAAAAGCCUAGAAGCAGAGAACCACAUAGUGCACCUCAACAACACCUUCCAAAUACUAAGAAGGUACAGGAUGAGACUCAACCCCUUAAAAUGUGCCUUUGCGGUGGCUUCCGGCAAGUUCUUGGGCCAAAAGGAGGUGCAAUACUUAACUGGACGAGUGGCAGCACUUAGUCGCUUCGUCUCCAAGGCCACUAACAAAUGCCUCCCAUUUUUCAAAGUGCUCAAGGCCGGGAGGAAAUUCCAAUGGACUGAGGAAUGUGAAGAGGCCUUCCGAGGAUUGAAAAGGCACUUGGGGCAGGCCCCCCUCCUCUCCAAGCUGAAGCCCGGCGACAUCUUGCAACUAUAUCUCGCCAUCUCCAAUGACGCCAUCAAUUCGAUUUUGAUUCGAGAAGAAGGGCCCAACCAACUUCCCGUCUACUAUACGAUACUCCAGAAGCCCGACGCCUCGGGGAGAUUGUUGAAAUGGGCAGUGGAAUUAAGUGAAUUUGACCUUGUGUUCAAAGCAAGGGCGGCCAUCAAAGGGCAAGCGUUAGCAGACUUUGUUGCUGAAUUCGCCAACCUACCCGAGGUGGAUGAAAUCAUGGAGCCCGUCGAACCCCCAGGUGCCGGGGUUAUCCUCAUCAGCCCCGAGGGUCACAAACUCACUUCGGCCGUGAGGUUCGGGUUCAAAGCUACCAACAAUGUUGCAGAGUAUGAAGCACUCCUUGCAGGCCUCAGACUGGCCAAGAAAAUGCAAAUUUCCCGCAUAAAAAAUGCUCAUGCGGACGUACUCUCGAAGCUGGCUAGUAGCAAGGACUCAGAGCUACUCGUUGUAGUGCCUAUCGAGCAUCUUCUACUGCCUUCUACCGAAGCCCCUAAUGUCAUGUGGGUCGACGGAAUUCCCACCUGGAUGCAACCAAUUAUAGCAUAUCUGAAAGACCAGGUGCUACCGACCGAAAAAAAUGAGGCUUACAAGCUGAGAAGGAGGAGGGUCUUUCCAUCUUCAAAAGAACCCGGUUCCGGCUCCCUGGGACCGAACUGGGAAGUGAAUUGUAUCAUGCUGGAUGACUUUCCUAGCCUUUGUAAUAUUGCUAUGGCUCAAUAA